CGGAUCACUUGCAUUUUUCCAUUGUUUCCAAAAUAACCUCAAAGGAUUAUUGAUACGAAAGAAUUUAAUAUUGACAUCAACUAUGAAAAUGUUUAAUGCCAGUGCCUGAUCUUCGCGUAUGUCAUCGUUAGAAUUGAAUCACGAAUUCAUCUACAAAGUGUCGUGAUAUGUCACAGGAAAAUAGCAUGAAGUUUGGCAGUGGCAGCUAAUACUAAUACGUUGUGAUUACACAAGGAUCGAACCUGAAGAUCACUCUUGAUUUCCAUAAGACUGCAAACUAUCCUGUCAAGCAGCGCUCCGAAAUUCUUCUUUUCUGAUAGCCACAUCGCGGCGAAAGACGUUCACGUAAAAUGGGAAAACACGAAGUUGGUACACCUAAGUACAUAGCAAAUAAGAUCAAAGCAAAAGGUUUGCAGAAGUUACGAUGGUACUGUCAAAUGUGUCAGAAACAAUGCCGAGACGAGAACGGUUUCAAGUGUCACACCAUGUCAGAGUCCCAUCAGCGACAACUCUUGCUGUUUGCAGACAAUGCUGGACGCUAUAUGGAUGAGUUUUCCAGAGAAUUUUGCCAAGGAUAUUUACACCUUUUGAAACGUCAAUUUGGUACUAAAAGGGUUCCAGCUAACAGAGUUUACCAAGAUUAUAUAGCAGACAGAGACCACAUACAUAUGAAUGCAACAAAGUGGUUGAGUCUGACAGGUUUUGUCAAAUAUCUCGGAAGAUCUGGCCAGUGUGUUGUAGAUGAAACAGAAAAGGGGUGGUUUGUAACAUAUAUUGAUAGAGAUCCUGAGACACUGGCAGCACAGGAAAAAAAAGCUAAAAAAGAAAAAAUGGACAAAGAUGAUCAAGAACGUAUGAUGGAUUUUAUUCAAAAACAAGUGGUACGUGGCCGUACAGAGAUAGAUGAAGAUUCAGGUGAAUUUAAGAAGCCACUUGAAAGACCAGUCGAAGACAAGCCUCUCGUGCUUGAGCUGAAGUUGAAACCAAAACCUGUGCCAAUAGUUGGUCCUAGUACCAGCUUUUCUAUAGAUAAGCCUAAAAAAAAGAGAAAAACCUCUGAAACAGACGAAGAGAUUUCAGAAUUUCAAGAUACAUCGGAGAAAAAAAUUAAACACAAACAUCACAGUAACCAAAAAAUAGAGACAAAGAAGAGCUUUAAUGAAGUUGACAAAGAAAAGGGGUGGCUUCGAGAUGGUUUGGUAGUAAAAGUAGUGACUCGGUCACUGGGAGAAAAAUAUUACCGAGCCAAAGGUGUCGUUCAAGCAGACAGCGAAAAGACUCCGUCCUGUAUCGCAAAAGUUAAAAUCACAAGCCCAGGUGAUGCGAUAAAUCAUGUAUUACGAUUAGACCAAGAACAUUUAGAAACUGUUAUACCUGCAAUUGGAAAAACCGUAUUAAUUCUGCAUGGGAAAUUUGAGGGUAUCCUAGCUGCAAUGAAAAAGGUCCGUGUUGAAGAAUUUAGUGUUGAUGUUGAAUUACUUGAAAACGAUAAGGGAUUGGUGAUUAAAAAAUUGCCAUACGAACAUGUCUGUAAAAUCAAUAAUUGACAAGGAUUCUGAAUUAUGUGAUUCUAUAAGUACGCUGCUGAUAUUUGUGUCGGUUUCAGACAUUGAUAUUUUUUUACACCUAUUAUAAAAAGUGUUAGAAUGGCCCACAACAUACAUUCUGGACAGCAUAUUGUAAAUACAUGUAACUACAAAACUUAAGAAAAAUAAACGCAUUGAUGCUACAA